ACAACAGCAACAACAGCAACAACCGCAACAACCGCAACAACGACAGCAGAAGCAGGAUCUGUCCAUGACUGCGUACCAGGACAUGCAGCAACCUAUCUUACGGUCUCAGCAGCCACAGCAGAUCUCGGCCAACAUGAUGAUGCAUUAUCCAGCUCCAUUCACGCCAACGCCGAGUACUCGAAAUCUGAUGCAUGAACUAUCGCCCAGUCUCAGAUCUUCACUACAGAUGCAACAGCCGUCGUCGAUUCAACAGCAUGGCAAUAGCGCGGUCAUGGAAGACGACGCUGCAGAUCCACCCUCACCGCCUGCUGUUUCUUCGGACGACAUGGAUAUAGAGGCAUCAUCGUUAUCGGAUGACUCUGACCGACAGUCGGUAGCGCAAGCAGCAGAGGCGGUAGCGGCACCUCGACAGGAUGCUCAGACCCAGUGUGACAUCACUUCCGGUAACGAGUAUGACAAAUACGCUUCUUCGUCAUCUGCAGAGGCUAAUGUCCAUGGUGCUGCACAUGAGUCGUUUGUAGCGUCGUUGACGAGUGCUGAUAUGGGCCUGAACACGGCCAUACGGCAGCAGGAGUCGGCGGGUGAGGGCGGUUAUAGGCGCCAUCGAAAUGUGGAGGAGGUGAGCAGUUUGGUUUUUGAUGAGCGGGCCAUGGAGUGCUGAAGAGAAGCAAGCGCAUCGCGUUGAGGAUGGAGCUUUUGUAUAUACAUAACGCAACACGAUGUUGUAGAUAGC